CUUCAAUCACCAGUGGCUGUUUCCUAAAGUGGAAGAAUGGGACCAAAAGGAAGGCUUUUAAUUACUCUGAAGAGCAAAGAUAUGGUUCGCUUAAUGAUGGCCUCUCAGGACUCAGCCCUGCCUGAGCCGUUCACGAAAAUAAAAGGUGCUGAAAGAACCUGGGACAAGGCAAGAGAAGAUGAUGGAGGGGGCAAGAUAUCCUGGGUGAAAGAAAGAAACAGCAUCCCUGACCCAGAUGCUGAAGGCCUAAAUGGAGCCCCUCUAGCCAAGCAGCUGGAAGAGGGAGGAAACCUGGAGUUGUCCCCAUCUCCAGUACAGGGUGAAAAACAUUUGAUAAUGCUGCAGACUGUGCAUUUGAAGGAAGGAGAAGAUGAGCUCCAGGCGGUCAGUCAGUUGAAUAUUCAGCAGCAGAGUGGGGUGCACAUGGUGGUACAACGAGGUGCAAGUGUCUUGCAGCCCUUGGUAGUAGUGCAACAGGGAGUAGGUGCUCAGCCGAAUCUACCCACAGGUGUAGCAAUAAGUAUACAGGAUGGUGUUUAUACAUUUCAUGACGUGGAGGUGAUGCAGAUUAACGUUUUGCAAGAAAAAGUACAGGCAAAAGAUGAAGAAAAACAGUCAUUGGAUAAACCCCCAGGAAUGCUACUGAUUAAGAUUGAUAGAAGUAAAGAUCUACAUGCAGUUGAAGGUAAGGUCCAGCAACUGCCUCCAAAUGAAGAGGGAAGAGAAAAGGACAUUUUCACUGUUGAGAAAGCAAAGAUCUUGAGCUGUAAAGCCAAAGAUGAUAUGUCAAUGUCACACUGUGAACACAAAGAGCAAGAAGAACAAGCAGUUAUAAAAAACACUGACACUCUAGAAGCUCAAAAAAACACACAGCAUAGGAAAAAAGGGGAAAAGGUGAUCUUCCAUUGUGAUCUGUGCGCAUUCACCUCUCUUAGACUGUCAAGUCUUAAUCGUCACAUGAAAACCCAUUCUGAUGAAAAACCCCAUAUGUGUCAUCUCUGCCUUAAAGCUUUCCGUACAGUUACUCUCCUGCGUAACCAUGUGAAUACACAUACAGGGACCAGACCGUAUAAGUGCAGUGACUGUGAGAUGGCAUUUGUGACCAGUGGUGAGCUUGCACGACACAGGCGAUAUAAGCACACUCUAGAAAAACCCUUUAAGUGCUCAAUGUGUAAAUAUUCUAGUGUAGAAGCAAGCAAAUUGAAGCGUCAUAUUCGUUCACACACAGGAGAACGUCCUUAUAACUGUUACCUCUGUAGUUAUGCUAGCAAAGAUACCUAUAAGCUGAAAAGACAUAUGGUAACUCAUUCAGGAGAAAAACCCUAUGAAUGUUAUGUUUGUCAGGCCAGAUUCACACAAAGUGGUACCAUGAAAAUCCAUAUAUUACAGAAGCAUAGUGAAAAUGUGCCCAGAUACCAGUGUCCACAUUGUAAUACAUUUAUUGCAAGAAAAAGUGAUUUGGGUGUCCACUUACGUAAUUUGCAUUCCUACCUGACCGUAGCGACGAAGUGCCGUUAUUGUGAAGCUCUCUUCCAUGAGCGCUAUGCUCUUAUUCAGCACAGGAAAACUCACAGAAAUGAAAAGCGAUUCAAAUGUGAUCAAUGCAGUUAUGCAUGCAAGCAGGAACGACACUUGAUUGUGCAUAAGCGUACACAUACUGGUGAGAAACCCUUCACUUGUGUAUGUUGCAGCAAAUGCUUCCGGCAGAAGCAGCUUCUAACUGUUCACUUCAGGAAAUACCAUGAUUCCAAUUUUAAACCAACGGUUUAUGAAUGCCCUAAAUGUGGCAAGGGCUAUUCACGCUGGAAUAAUAUGCAUAAGCAUUCUGAAAGCUGUGGAUUGGUGAGGGCAAAAUCUGUUACACGCCGCAAAGGAAGCAAGGGCAAAAAGAAAAGAUGUGACAGACUAAAACAUGAUGUUAAGCAAGAAGGAAUUCCCUCUUCAUCAUUCUGCCAUGGAUGUGAGAAGUAUUUGACAAUUAUGAUGUUUAAUUUUUCUGCAAAGCUGUUGACCUGGGAUCAUUCCAAGAUGUUUCCUUUGUGAACACUGAAUGCUGUGCCAGUGAGAUUGUCCCUGUCGUAUAUGGAAUAGAAACAAGUACUCCGAGGGAGCAGAAAACAGAAAUAACUUGUGAAAUGAUCCUCAACAUGAUGGACAAAUAAUACAAACACAAGUUCUGAUUUCCAUUGUUAACGUACAGAAUGUCAGUUUGUAUACUAGUGCAAAGUUUGUAAGCAUGUUAAGGGAAGUAAGCUGUAGAAGGUAUUGGUUUCUGUAAAAGUUGCUAAAAAGUUGUUAGCUAAAGUUACAUGAAAGCCACAUAUAUUCUAACAUGUUCACAUCAGCGUCAAAGAAAAACACAUUUUAAAAACUAGGCCAUGGAAAAAAAGUAGGUUGAAUUUAUUCAAUUUACUUUUCAUUUUUCUUCCAGAUUUAGUUACAGAAUAACAUACAGUUUUUCAAGCAAAUUUAUUCCACAGUAGCUCUGUGCUCCUGUCAGAUCCAGAUCUGUGUGACUUUCAGCUUGUUUGCAUUUACCUCAUGGUGAGCACAUUGUGAAAGGCAACAUUAUUUUGAUGCAAAGAACAUAGCUAGGUCUGCUCUCGGAACACUAAAGAUCUUAACAAAUCUGUACAAUUUUAGCCUAGUAUAGUACUUUUUAUAUAUAUAUAAUAUAUAUAAUAUAUAUAUAAAUCUGAGAACCAUGAUAUGCAUCUGGGUACCCUGUUAGUAAGUUUAUUGUAACAUUAUUAACUUUACAAUAUGUAUACUUUUAAUCUCUUAAUUUUAAAAAAGACACUUCUUUUGUAACAUAACAACCAAGCCUCAAAACUGGGUGAGGCCUUGGUCAAAUUCUCCUCCUAUUUAACACCAGUUUUACAUAGGUGUAGCUCCAUUGAUUUCAGUUGGGGCACUUGUGAUUUACACCAGGGUGGGAGGAGAAUCAGAGCGUUGGUUUUUGGUUGACUAUUAGGACUUUUCUAACCACUUUGCGCUAUAGCUGUCUUGCAUGUAGCUACAUGCAGAUGACUGUAAGAAUGGGUUUAUACUUGGAAUUUGAUAAACAUAUAAAGGUCAUUUGAAAGAUUCCCAUUGACUUAAAUCACUUUGGUUCAGGCCUCUAAUAAUAUAUGCUUGUUUUUAAAAAAUAUAAAAAGUAUUUUAACAAUGUUCGUGGGACAUGCUGUGUGUAAAAAGCAAUGAAAUUCUAGUCAUUUUAGCUUUUUACCAAUUUGUUGGAAUCCCCACUUUUAUACCAGUCUUACUGCUCAGUCUUCAUGACAAUCGCAAAUAGUACCAUUGAUUGAUUGAUUUUGUUGUUGGUUACAGUAAGCAAAACCAAUUUUUGCAUUAUUCACUUAUUUUUAUUUUCAUUUACAAUUAAUUUUUGAAAGCAUGCUCAAAAUAUAAAAUAUAUACUUUAAGUAUAUACUAGCAUUUUCAGUGAAAACAUGCUUUUUUAAACUAGUUUUAAUGACAAGUCAUAAUGAACAAAUUUUAUUUUAAUUAAAAAAACCCCAACAUAUUUGAUUUUCAGAUGUGGAGUAUGUUUUAUAUAUCUGGAUUGUUUCUAUGAGCGUUACAAAUCCUGCUGUCUUUACUCAAUCAAAACAUCAUCAUAACUUCAGCAAAGGUUUUUCCUGAGAAGUGCAGAAUUUGGUUCACUUUAGUUGGCUGACAGCCUAAUUCUAAUGUUUUUAAGGCAAAUAUUUUAACACAAAGCUACACAUACUGUAAAUUCAAACUGAUACCCCACUUAUAUUCUGCGUGUAGACCUAAUUAUGUGCUAUAGGUUUUUAAUUAUCCUUUUAACAAUGCUUUUGUAGCCAUGACAAUAAGAUUCUUCUGUGUUCCGUGCAUUCCAAGUUAACUGAGUUUAAGUAUUCACAUCUGAAAGAACACACACGUUUUUGUUACUUUUAAGAGGUUAAUAAAUGCAUGUUUAUUUUCAAUUAAUAUAGUGUUAAGAACUUUAUCCUGUCCUUUACAUGGCAAGUAUAACUAGAUAGCUUGUAGCAGCUACACUACUUCAAAAUAAGGCCUAUCCUGUGAUGUGCUGAGACUCAAUUACCAUUGGAAGUGGGAAAGCAAUGUCACCCUCUUGGGCACCAACACACAUCUAGGAGUUAAUGGUGGUGAGCAACUCACCAAGGCACUUGUCACCUUGCAGACUGGAGUACCCAGGUUAACGAGAUACAGAGUGAUGCAUCCUACCACAGGACAGGAUCAAGUCCUUAAACAACUACUGAUUACAGUAGCUACGGCUUUUAUAAUGCAGUGCGAUACCCCAUCCAGGUUUGUAAUGUAAGUCAUUUAGAAUCCUUGGGAAGGCGGUGUACUUGAAUCAGUUAACCUUGCUAGUUUGUUUCACCUACAUUCCAUAAUAACAAUCUUAUGUGGCUGUUCAGAUUCAUAGUCUUUGUUCAUAUUCUGUGGCAGUUUGUUUAAUGAUGAUGUUUACCUAUUUCUAAUAAGCUGAUAGUUAAUGCUGAUUACUUAAAUUACCUAACAAGACCUAGGUUUUAAGAAUGGUUUUGUUUCUAUUAUGAAAGUGUGAAUGGUAUUGUUUGCUUAGCAUGCUCUAACGUUAACAAUCUUCAUCUGAAAAUCAGAACAUUGGUUUCUUUGUUUAAAAUUCAUAACAAUGUUUGUGUAAACAUUUGACCAGUUUUUGUGUAUAAACUGUUUAUUUUGAAUCAGAGUAAAUUGUCUGUCUUCUUACUCUAAACCAGAAAAUCAAACUGCUUCAAAUAAAAUAUAUUUUCUCUUG